CACACCUAACCCAGUGACCCUCCCUCUGCCUCCCUCUCCCCCCGUCCCUCGCGGCGAGUUUGCAAGGGCUAGGGUAGGUUGCCAAGCCUAUUAACCCCUCGCAUAAGACCGACCAUGGUGCUGACGGUUCCGCGUGGCGCCUUCCGGCUAGUUGGCAUUCGAGGCAGCCCGUUCAGACAGCGACAUCAGCAUCAGCAUCCGCAGACAAGAGGCAUAAAGAAGAUGGCAGCGGUCAUAAUGGGAGCUCCAGGGAGUGGAAAGGGCACGAUAUCGGGGAAGAUCUUACGAGACUUCCACUUCGCCCACAUUAGCACGGGGGACCUGCUUCGCGAUGAGAUCCAGGCCGGCUCGGAGACGGGUAAGACGGCCAAGGAGUUCAUGGACCAGGGGAAGUUCGUCCCUGAUGAGAUCAUUUUCGAGGUGCUCAUGGCUGCGGUCGAGCGAGCCAAGGGCCGCGGAAAGCAUAUACUUCUCGAUGGCUUCCCAAGGUCCACAGCUCAGGCGAAAGCUCUCAAGGAUCACCUGCCAGUGGACAUGGUGAUGAACCUGGACGUGCCCAGACAGAUAAUUAUCGAUCGACUCACGGACCGUUGGAUACACCCGGGAUCUGGCAGGGUCUACGCGUACGCCUACCGCCCCCCAAAGGAGCACGGGGUGGAUGACGUCACGGGGGAAAAGCUCGUCCGUAGAGACGACGACCAGCCAGAGGUGGUUGAAGAACGCCUUGCCAAGUACGAGAGAACUACCCGGCCGCUUCUUGACCUCUACGGGGAGGAAGGCCUCCUGCACUCCUUCUCCGGAGAACAAAGUGACGUCAUAUACGCCGAGGUCAGAAAGUUCCUCGCUGAGGUGCUACCCAAGGGCAAGCCUGCAGCCGGUUAGACGGAUCGAUUUAGAGCCUUGAGUGCUCGCUAAAGAUCGCGUGGUGUGCGUGGCGGUUGGUUGGUGUUGACGCGAUAGGCGAGAUUAUUACAGAGUUUGGUGCGCUGCUUGAAUACGGUGCGGUUCGGACGUCCGUGUGUGGUGGUCGUUCUGUGACAAAUUGUGCGCGUGCCUAGGGGGGCUAUUUGGCGGUUGAGAGAAAACCCGGGCGUGUAACAUUAAGCACACCCGCUUGUCUG